CCUUAUCUUCCAUCCUUCCUCAAUUGUGCAAUAUGUUUUAUUUGUUCUGCUUAUGGCUUUAGCUUUUCACAACUUGAUGCAUACAUCUCAUUUUGAAUUCAUCUGCAGAGAAUCUGAUCCAUGUUUUGAAUAUACGUGUAGAAGUAUUAAGGAAACGUUCAGACCUUGCAAAUAUGAUAAGGUGCUCAAGCUUCAGCGGACUCCAACCACUGAAACAUCUCAACAAUAACGUCCCAACAAAACCAAACUCUGCAUUCGUCAAUUUUCUUCCACCCCUCCCCCUUAAAGCAUAUAACCCUCUUCCAAUUCCUUCUCAGAAACGCGCCAAACCCUUAAACUCAUCCACCAUGGAUUCAACCUCCACCGACGCUGAAGUAGCCUACGACCUCUCCCCCGUCCUCAAAGUCUACAAAAGCGGUCGCAUAGAGAGGCUCGCCGGCGUCGAGGUUGUUCCCCCGUGUCUCGACCCGGAAACCAACGUGGAAUCCAAAGACGUCGUAAUCUCCGAAAAAGACGGCGUAUCCGCGAGGCUUUUCAUUCCCAAAGCCACUUACCCCCCGCCACGUAAGCUCCCUCUCCUCGUUUACGUCCACGGCGGCGCCUUCUGCAUCGAAACCCCGUUUUCCCCGAACUACCACAACCUCCUUAACAAGGUUGUUUCUAAGGCUAACGCAGUCGCUGUCUCCGUCCACUACAGGAGGGCGCCGGAGCACCCCGUUCCCACCGGCCACCAAGAUUCCUGGCAUGCACUCAAAUGGGUCGCUUCCCACGCGGACGGAAACGGCCCCGAAGAGUGGCUCAACCGCCACGCAGAUUUUAACAAAGUGUUUGUCGCCGGCGACAGCGCCGGCGCCAACAUCGCGAGCUAUUUAGGCGUUCGGGUCGGGACGGAAGGGUUAAACGGUGUGAACGUUGAAGGGGUUGUUUUGGUGCAUCCGUUUUUCUGGGGAGAGGAACCCAUUGGGAGUGAGGCGAAUCGGCCUGAGCAAGCUAAGAAGAUACACGAUUUGUGGCGGUUUGCGUGCCCCAGCGCGGGUGGGUCCGACGACCCGAUUGUAAACCCGGCUAAGGAUCCGAAAGUGGGGAAGUUAGGUUGUGAGAGAUUGCUUGUUUGUGUGGCUGAGAAGGAUUUGGUGAGGGAUAGGGCUUGGUACUAUAAAGAGUUGCUUGAAGAAAGUGGGUGGCCUGGAGUUGCGCAAGUGUUGGAGAUAAAGGAUGAGGACCAUGUUUUUCAUUUGUUCAAACCCAACAGUGAGAAUGCUCAUCUUUUGAUCGAUCAAAUUGUUUCCUUUAUCAAACAGGCUUGAACCUUGGCCACUUAGGAGAGAUAAGAAAAUGAAUAAUUAUAAAAUAUUAAAAAAAGUUUAUUUUAAUUUGUCUUUAUAUUUUCCUUUUCUCUUGUUUGUUCUGUUUAUGUGUAUAAUUAAAGACAAAAUUUAAAUACAGUUCUCGUUUUAAA